GAGACGACAGCCAUCCUGCACACAGUCUUUUCAGCCUCCUGCCCUCUGGGAAGAGAUAUAGAAGCCCUUCAGACUCCAGAGAAGGACCCUUACCUGACCGAAGCCAUGUAUAUGAGAUUACUUCUCCUCGCUGUGUCCUUCCUCACAACUACAGCUUUACCUCUUCAGCAGGACCACAGAGAUGCAUCAUGGAGUUUCCUUCCUCAAGAUGCCAACCAGGCCAGAGAGAAAACAGAACUCAAUAAAGGCCAAGCUGGGAUGUGGAAGAGUCAUGUGGAGAACUCAGACCUGUACUCACGGGACCCGCUGGUGGGCGAGAAGCCGACGCUGAUAUCGGAGCGUCUGCGUGCCCGUCUGCGGCAGCAGCUGGCCGAGCUGCGGGCGCGACUCUGGCCCCAGUCCGUGGCCACCCCGGCGGCCGUGGCACACAUCCGGGAGCUGCUGGGACCUCUGACCAAUCAGCUGCAGGCGGCGCUGAGCGCCAACGUGCACGACCUCUGCGCCGAACUCAGGCAGCACCUGCAGCAGCUGCAGCCCGCAGCGCCAGCGUCCGGUCACCAGGGGGCACCAGACUACCAGGCCCUGCUGCCCCAGAUCAGCCGCAGCUUGGAGCUCAGCACGCACAGGGUCACCUCCAGCGUCCUGCAGUUCCGAGUUCGGAGUACGGCGGCGGCGGAUGGAAUGGCGGACGCGGACGAGCGGGAGCUGCUCCUGGAGGUGGCGUCGCGGCUGGCCCACGAGGCGUCCACUCUGGAGACGGAGUUCCGCAGCAAGGUGGGGGCGCUGCAGGCCUCGCUGGGCGGCCUCUCUGCACCGGCCCACGCCGGGCGCAGGGAGGGGGCCAGAGACGGGGACGCGGCGGCGUCCAGCACGGCGCUCUUCUGCCAGCACACGUGCUCUCUCAUCCAGCAGCUGAGUGGGGACUUGGAAAGUCAGUUCGCCGAGCUGGAGCAGCGGCCGGUCGGGCAGGAGGCGGCGCCCCCUGUCCUCAGGCCGGAAUUCCUGCGUGAGGACUUCACCUCACGCCUGCGCAGCCUACUGCAGGAGAUCAUGCAGACUCUAAACUAACUCCUCAAGAACUCAACACACACACACACACACACACAGCAAUGAACUUCACAUCAAGCCUGCGCUCACUCCUACAGAAGAGCAUGCAGACUGUAAACUAACCCCCACCCCGGACUCCUCAAGAACUCAUACACACACACACACACCACUGGACAUUACUGUAUAUAUCACAUAGGGAUGUGGGAGAUGUAAAUGCUGUUUGAUGACCUCUGACUCCUCAGGGUGUUUUAUUGUGAUUUAAUGAAUGUGGUUUAGUCUUUUUUUUGGUGUGUUUUUGGAUUAGGUUUAGGAUUUUGUUUGAGUGUGUGUGUGUGUGUGUGUGUGUGCAUGUGUGUUUGUGUAUGUGUUUGUUUGGGACAUUGGAUAGGCAUGAGUGAAUGUGUUAUUUAAUGUUACCGAAAUGUUGAAAGGGGAAUGUACAUAUUACAAUUUUACUUGUGUAAGAUUACUUGUGAGUUGUGUAAGUUUACUUGUGAAAAGGGAUGUUUUGUGUCCUCCAUAAAGAUUUCAAAUUCCACAACCA